AUGGUCAAGAUUGGGGUCUUUAUCCCGUCCGAGUGUCAGCUCCUCGACAUGGCCUGCGUAGACGUCCUGUUCAUGAUGUCGAGGGAGUACCUGGGCGGUCUGCCCAUGAUACCCAAAAACAUCCCGAGCUCGGCGCCGAGCGUGGAAAUCUAUUACAUUUCUGUAAAGGCCAGCCCCAGUACCAGCUCUCACUCGAAAUCGAACCUGAUCCCGGACGCGGAACACCUUGUUCCUCUGCUCCCCUUGACGGCAGGCGUCAAGAUCCAGCCGACGCACGACGUCUCCAGCCCGGAGGUCCAGCCGGGCAUGCUGGAUAUCCUGCUUGUCCCCGGACCGGAUCCGGCGGCGAGCUGGGAUGAAGAGACGUUGGCGUUCUUGAGGGGACAUGCUGACGAGGAGGAUGAGGAGGGAGGAGAGGGAAAGAGGACGGACGUGCUGAGUGUUUGUACGGGGGGCAUCACGAACGGGAACGAUCUGGUGGCAGCGUACGCUCGGAGCAGCGAGAGGCGCCUCUUUCCGGGGCCGAUUGUCGAGAUUGCGUGUAAGAUGGCGGAAGUUGGGGAGAGGGGCCAGAUGUAUGAGCAGGGGCAGACGAUGUUUGCUUUGGGGUUUGUGUGGCAGCUUGUCAAGGCUUGGUUUGUGAAGUCGAGGUAA